CGGCCUGGGAGCGCGGCGGCUUUGAGGGCGCGGGAGCCCUACCGAGUGCCGACGAGGGCAGGCAGGAGGGUGGGAAAGCCGGCAGGAGGGGAGGGCGGCGCCGAAGGAGGGCGGCGCGUGGCUGACUCAUCCCUCUGGAAGAUCAAACUGACAGAGACAAACCCUAGCCAAGCCCGCCCGCCCGCGCCGCCCCUCCUCAACCGGGAGGCGCCCGCCCGCACCGCCUACCCGCCCUCUCCCGGCCCGGCCGCCUCACAGAAAGUUUUUCUCGUCCGAGGGACCGACGCCGCCGCGGGCCUUUCGGAAGGGAAGGGGGAUCGAAAAGGAGGCGAUCGCCGCGCGGGCCCGGGGAGUGCAUGGUGCCCGGCGCCUCGGCUGCCAGUCAGGAGGACAUCGGGGCGGGGUCCGGCCGAGCCUAGCUCCUUCUUCCCCGCGCCUGGCCAGAAAUCGCCCUCCCGGACUGCCGCGGGGGUCCCCGCUCCUCAGCCCGCCAUGUCCCGGCUGCUGCCGCUGCUGAGGAGCCGGACCGCACGCAGCCUGAGGCCGGGCCCGGCCGCCGCCGCCGCCGCGCCCCGCCCGCCGUCCUGGUGCUGCUGCGGGCGGGGGCUGCUGGCGCUCGCGGCCCCCGGAGGCUCCCGAGGGCUGGGCACCCACCCCAAGAAGGAGCCCAUAGAGGCGCUGAACACGGCGCAGGGCGCGCGCGACUUCAUCUACAGCCUGCACUCCACGGAGAGGAGCUGCCUGCUCAAGGAGUUGCACCGCUUCGAGUCCAUUGCCAUCGCGCAAGAAAAGUUGGAAGCUGCACCACCCACCCCAGGACAGCUGAGAUAUGUAUUCAUCCACAAUGCGAUACCUUUCAUAGGGUUUGGCUUUUUGGAUAAUGCAAUAAUGAUUGUUGCAGGAACCCAUAUUGAGAUGUCUAUUGGAAUUAUUUUGGGAAUCUCAACUAUGGCAGCUGCUGCUUUAGGAAAUCUUGUGUCAGAUUUAGCUGGACUUGGACUUGCAGGUUAUGUUGAAGCUUUGGCUUCCAGAUUAGGCCUAUCAAUUCCAGAUCUUACACCAAAGCAAGUGGACAUGUGGCAAACACGUGUUAGUACACAUUUUGGCAAAGCUGUUGGGGUGACUAUUGGCUGCAUUCUAGGAAUGUUUCCUUUGCUUUUCUUUGGAGGAGGUGAAGAAGAUGAAAAACUGGAAAAGAAAAAUUAACCCUAUUAGAAUACCUAUAAAAAGAUGUAAACUAAUGUACCUCAAUUACUAAAUAUGCUGUCACAACAUUUAGGAAUUAAGACAAUAACAGUGUAUAGAUACGGGAUCAAAUAAUUCAGCAUGUAUUAUGGAAAACACUAACUUAUUGUGGCUUGGUUUUCUUAGGACAUCUUUUUAAAAAAUGUUUAGUAUCCAUUUUGUGUAAAUUGUUGAAAUGCUUUUUCAUCAAUGGCAGUCAACAUUUUACCUUUUUAUUCGUAUAUCAAAAUAUCAUUUAAGUAUCAGUCAUUGAUGUACUAUACUAAGUUGGGGUUUGCAUAUUUGUUACUCCAUGUGUGUGCAUGCAUGAAAGGAUCUUCUGUUGUUGCUGUUGUUCUCUGGUUACAACUCAGCCUUGAGAUGUUUGCCACAUUACUUAAGAUGUGUAAUAUAAGUUAAAGGUUUUUUUUACUCUAUUUCGGCAACAUCAAUUUUGUACUGUUUUACAUUGAACAUUUACAAUCAUAUAAUUUUAGUCAUUUUUUAAAAUCUUAGUCGUUUAAAGGUAGACACACACUUUAAGUAUGUGUAAGUAUCUAUGUGUAAGUAAGUAUCUAUUAUUCACUUUAAUUUUCUGACCUCAAUGUCUCAAGAGCCAGAGGUUAAUCAGAAUGAGUAAUUAUGUGAUGUCCUUACUACAUAAAACCAUAUAUGUUAGUAAGUGUAUUAUUUUCAGUUGAUUUUUCUUAUCUUUAAUUUCUCAAUUUUAAAUCAUUACAUGGUAGCUUCUGCUCCAAGAAAAUGAUGAUUUUAGGGUCUUUUAUAAAUGGGGAUUGUGGAAUUAGGGUAAAAUAAGGGGUUUGACAUGACACUUGGAAAUUAAGAGGCUAAAAAACUUUUUUAGAGAAAAAGAAAAUAGGAACUGUUGAGAAGGCUUAUGGUAUAAGUGGUAAAGUUGAAGUCAUGUUUGGAAGGUUUAACGAGAUACAAAUUCUAUUGUUUGGGAUGGAUUUCUUUUUCCCCAAAACAUCUUCUCAUCUGAAUGAAUCUGAAUACUCCAUACUGAUAAUCCUGAUGUCUUAUCUUAUCACAUAGAAGUUUUAUUUCUGGAUAAUUUACUUUGAGGUGAAGACUAAAUAUUUUAUAUUUUGCUUUUUGGCUAUGAAUAGUAAUCAAAUGUUACGUGAGGAGAAGUUUUUUUUUUUUGGUCCUUUUUCUUCUUUGGUGAUGUUUAAAUAAUAUUCUAGGUUGAAAUUGCUUAUUUCCAGCCUUGCAUAUCUGACAUAUAUAGUACAACUAUAUAUGAGUCAUAAAUUUUAUGAGCCCUUAAAGUUCGUUAGCAUGUGGUCUCAUAUAAAUGCUAAAAAAUUACUCUUACUUGUAAGAGUAAACUCAUCAUGGAGGAGAAAAACUGAAAUUAAGGUAACUAUUUACCUUACCUUAACUAUUUCUAAAUAGAUGCAAAAGAAGGAAAACUUCUUAAGUGGAUGGAUUUACAGUUACCUUAGUUUAAAAUUUAUUUGCACAUUUUACUUUGACCUCUUAUUUUGAGAAGGGCUGUUUUUCCCCCACAAGGCAAUUUGUCAUAAAUUACCCUCUGUGCACUUCAAAAUAGCUUAGAGCUAUCCUUUAAUCAUAGAUUUUUGAAAGAAAAGAAGAAAAUAAAUUAUCAUAUAAAAAUAAAUAUAUAACAUUCUUACUGUGUACAAAUAAUAGAAUAGUCUCAUUUGAUCAAAUUAGAAUUCCAAAACUUGACUUCUUAAACAGAAUCUUGGUCUGUAUCUUCCACAUAGUACUACAUAUAUACCAAAAAGAAUUUUUUUAAUUACUUUAACUGAUAGGGUUAGAGUGCUAAUUUAAACAACUUUUUUUUUUCAAGAUUUUAUUUAUUUAUUUGACAGAGAGAAAUCACAAGUAGAUGGAGAGGCAGGCAGAGAGAGAGAGAGGGAAGCAGGCUCCCUGCUGAGCAGAGAGCCCGAUGCGGGACUCGAUCCCAGGACCCUGAGAUCAUGACCUGAGCCGAAGGCAGCGGCUUAACCCACUGAGCCACCCAGGCGCCCUAAACAACUUUUUUUUAAUGUCCAAGUGCAUUUGUUCCUGACUUGUAUAUUGCCAGUCCUUUCUGUUUUCUAAAAACUAUUUUGUUGUGGUGCUUAAAUUUUCUUCUUAUUAAUUUCUUCUUAUUAUUAAUUAAAUUUUCUUCUAAUUAAUUCUUCUUAUUAAAUCCCAUAUCCAGAAAUCUUGCCUGUGAGUUUAGAAAGGGCUUUGAAAAUUAUUGGUUUUCACUUUUUGCUUUGAAAGUAAUCCAGUCCUACAGAAGCUUUCAGUUUAGCUGAAUGUCUGAAUAAUUAUUUAAGGUGUCAAAACAUAGUAUAUAUAGCCUUCAUGUUGAAAGAUCUUUUAAUUUGGGAGCAUAAUAAAUAUUUGAAUCAUUCAGAUAAUUAACUUUCAAAAAAUGGAGCCCUUUUGUCCUUAUCUAAGGUACACAUCUUUUCAAGAUCUUAUUCUCAUGAGUAUUGGUGCUUUGCACAAAGUGAUUUCUGAAAAAUGGUUCCCUUUAAGAGAAUGACUUAAUAAAACCAUAGUUUCAUGGUACUUGUCACAAAUAACCUUAUUUCAGAUUGAAACUGGAAGCUUAUUUCUCAUAUUAGCUAUUUCUUUUUUGGAAGCACCAUAACUAUAGUUAAAUACAACAUGAGCUACUUUAGUACUGUUCGUUUAAAAUUCAUGUUGUCUGUGUAUCAUGAUUUAUUGACUUGUUGAUGCAUGUGAAUUGAGUGCAUUUUGUUGCCACUGUAUGUUAAAUGGUGACCAAUGUUUUUACAAAAGAAUUGAAAAAAAAAUAUCUUUUAAGAAAUUUGGAAUGUGGUUUUGAUUUUGAAAUUUGACUUUCUUCCUGAUCUCUAUGAGAAGGCUCUGGUUAUUCUGUCACUAAAGGAAGUAGAAUAAAUAAAUGCAGAUAUUUUACAGGAUUGUAGCAAUGUCACUGAGACAGUAAGAUGGAGCUAUUUACUACCUCUCUGAAAUCCAUAUUGGAGAUUCAUUACAGAUUAUGGGAGAAGAACGAUCCUAUAUUGAGACAAUUUGAUAUUUAAUAGGAUGUCAAAAAUAACUCUAGAGAGGUUGGCAUAUAUCACACUGAUGGGUCUUUACAGCAGAGAUAUCCAGGCCUUCUGUAAAAUAAAUGCCUCAUUUACUCUUUUUUUGUAGGAAGUAAAUUUUGAAGGUAAUGGGAGUUUAUCAUUAACACAAAAAGUUUAUGUAAACCAUUUUGAAGUAAAUCUUCCUAAUUUUAGAAUUUUAUUUUCUUCCUAUCUGAAAAGAAUGUAUUAAAUGGAAUGUCAUCUUUUUCUUAGUGGCUAAGCACCAUUUCCACGGACAUUAUUAUUGUGCUGUAAGGCAGUGCCUCAGGAAAACUUUCAUUUUCCUCCCAUCUUUUUACUGCUCUGGGCUUUUGGCAAUGGCCUUCUCUCUCUGACUUGCCACUUCUCAGCAUUAUGGACUUCGCAACUAGAUAGCCAGUCUUAGCAGAAAUUUUUUGGGAAAUAUUAGGCUAUGGAACCUGAGUGAGAUGAUGAUGGUGAUAAUGAUGAUAAUGUUAGCUUCCUUUUAUUAAGCACUUUCUUGCUGUCAUGUCAGUACUUUACACACUUCACUACAUUUAAUCACUUUAAAUAAUGACGUUAAGUUGGUGCUACUAUUGUCCCUAUUUUUUACUGGGUAAAUUUUUUAAAAAAAUUUAUUUAUUUGACAGACAGAAGAUCACAAGUAGGCAGAGAGGCAGGCAGAGAGAGGAGGAAGCAGGCUCCCCACUGAGCAGAGAGCCCGAUGCGGGGCUCCAUCCCAGAUCCCUGGGAUCAUGACCUGAGCCUAAGGCAGAGGCUUUAACCCACUGAGCCACCCAGGCGCCCCUACUGGGUAAAUUUUAUGUGGAAAGUUAGUAGUAGACCCAUGAGGUCACUACUAAGUGGACUGGAAUCCAACUUCGUCCAAGUUUAAAGCCUGUGUUACUAUGCAAUAGGGCAUCAGUUGAAUGGACUUUGUAACAUCUCUUCUCUGCUUAGGUUCCUUUUUACCUUCAGGUUUGUGGAGUUAGUUGUUUUCUUACCAAAAACCAAAGGUACUUAUAAUCUCAAUGUUCAUUUAAGAAAUUCUGUGUAUACUACGUGCUCAGAACUGUUCAAGGAACUGAGUGAAAAACCAGAACAUUCUUAUUCUCCUUAAAUUUAUUCUGGGAAGGGGAAACAUCAGUCGGGCAAAUAUACAUUUAAGUAUUUUUUUAUUGCAGAUAGUGAUAGGUUCCAGAGACAAAUGAAACAUGGUAAGGGGCAUGGAAAGUACUGGUGUGCAUAUGAGAGUAUUUUUAUAGAGUGGUCAGGGAAGACCUGAAAGAAGUGAGGACAUUAACAAUACAUGCUAUGGAAAUCUCAGACAUGUGAGGUAUGUUUCACUUGGGAAUGUAUUGUAAAUUUUUUUUUUUGUUUUGCACUAUUAAGACUUUCUGGAUUAAAUCUAAAUAAUAUUUAAAUAUUAGAAUUGAUAAUCCCUGCAUAUUUAUUGACAGCAGUAGAUGGAAAUGGCCGUGAUGCCUGGGGAAGCUGCCUGGGAAUUCAUACUGUAUAUGGAUAACCCAUGUGCAAAUUAUUUAGGGUUUGUCGUGUGCUCAUCAUGAAAUCUUACUAACAGAUCACAUGUCUUUACCAAAGCAAUAAAUGCUAUUGGUAUAUGAGCUGUAACACUGAAAUUGGUUUCUCUUCUUUAACUUUUAGAAAUGAAGUACUACUUAAAGCAAGGACAUAAAACAUUUUAAUUUUGAAGCUUCAGGACUUUAGUGUCUACCGAUCUUGUGCUGACAGCAAUAUGAACCACAUGGUGUUGUAUAUUGGUUUUCAUAAUAAAAUUUAUGACAUCAAACAUGUUAA